AUGAGCGGAGACGAGAAGAAGAUGGACCUUUCAGAUAUCGCUGCUGCUCUUCCUUCAGGGGGAGCGGGGUUAACCGACGAAGCUCGCGCCGAAUUGGUCAGCUCUAUCCAGGACAAACUGGAAACCCUCAUGACGCAAAACUUCCUCGCCGGCCUGUCGCCAGCUGUGCGCACACGUGUCACGGCCCUACAGGAUAUCCAGAAAUCGCAUGACGAGCUCAAGGAGAAGUUUUUGGAGGAGAAGGCGGCUCUGGAGGCCAAGUACCAGAAGCUGUACGAGCCGCUCUACAACCAGCGCUCUGAGAUUGUCGCGGGAGACAAGGAGCCGGAAGGCGCUGAGCCCCCUGUGGCUGAGGCUGGAGCCGAGGUUGAGAAGGGUGUGCCUGAGUUCUGGCUCACUGCCAUGAAGAAUAACGAGAUUUUGGCUGAGCAGAUCACAGCAAGGGACGAGCCGGCACUGAAGCACCUCAAGGAUAUCCGGUGGUCGCAACUCGGGGAGGAUCUCAAGGGCUUCAAGCUGGAAUUCCAUUUCACCUCCAACCCGUACUUCAAGAAUGAAGUGCUCACCAAGUCAUACUUCAUGAUCGAUGAGGAGGAGCCGAUUCUUGAGAAGGCCGAGGGAACCGAGAUCGAGUGGAACGCGGGCAAGAACCUGACGCAGAAGAUAAUGAAGAAGAAGCCAAAGAAGGGCGCCAAGAGCAGCAAGCCCAUCACCAAGACAGAGCCCUGCGAGAGCUUCUUCAACUUCUUCAGCCCGCCUGCUGUCCCCACCGAGGACGAGGAGCUUGACGAGGAGGAGGCGGAGGAGCUCCAGGAGAUGAUGGAGCAGGACUAUGAUGUGGGGUCUACUCUGAGGGAGAAGAUCAUUCCACAUGCUGUGUCCUGGUACACUGGGGAGGCUGCUGACCUGGAGGAUUUGGAUGAUGACGAGGAUGACGAAGAUGACGAGGACGACGAGGAUGAUGACGAGGAUGAGGAUGAUGAUGACGAGGACGACCACCCGAGGCCUGCUCGUGGAAGGGUGCGUUUUGGGUUGUGA